GAGCAUGGUUUUAUUUUAGUGUUAUCUGGGAUAAAAAUUAAUGGACGGUUCGCACGGGACUGCAUUUCACAGUUGGUGAAAAAUCCGAAACCAUCUGUUUAUGUGGUGGUUUUUAGCUCCGUGCGAAUUGGGCUUAAGAGCGAAGCCACCACUGCAAAGCUAAUUACUGCGCUUUUCGUUUCGUUCGAAUUAGAUGAUGUGUUUUAUUUACGUUAAAAAUAUGUAACGUUUAAAUCCAAAUACAGGUCAUCACUCAUACGCUGUCACAACACGCGAGUCAUGACGUGCAAAGUAAACACAAAGGUGCUGGCUGUGUUAUUUUACAGCAACGACUUUCAAAUACAAAUACAAUACCGGCAGCUUUGUAUGCUUUUUGAAAAUGUUCAGGUUUUUAAAGGUGAACAAUAAAAUACGUGGCAGUCAUGGAUUAGGGGCAGGUGUGGGACAGAGAGAUGGCCCGUCACCCCAGACCUGGCUCUCUGGUGCUGUCAGACUGGCAACGAUCACCAGAGAGCAGGGACUACUUCAACAGCAUCAUGCACAGAAACCGGAGAAAGCACUUUGGUCUGCUGCAGGCUCCUGUCCUGCCACUGCAGGCGGCUGCUGACACUGUCAGCUACAAGGUCUUUGUCUCUGGGAAGAGCGGAGUGGGGAAAUCAGCCCUGGUGGCCAAACUUGCUGGGCUGGAGGUCCCCAGCAUGCAUUAUGAGACCACUGGGAUCCAGACAACUGUUGUUUACUGGCCGGUGAAGCUGAGAGACAACGGGCGAGUCCUGCUGUUCCGCUUCCAGCUCUGGGACUGUGGAGAGAAUGCACUUCGGAAGUUUGACCACCUGCUCCCUGCUUGCAGAGAUCAGACGGAUGCGGUUCUGCACCUGUUUUCCUUUACUGACCGCUCCUCCUUCGAUGACCUGUCCAAUCAGAUCACCCGCAUCUCUGAGUCAGCAGGCAGCAAUGUCAAGCUGGUGGUGGGCACCAAAUUUGACCAGUUCAUGCACACGGACGUGACGGAACGGGAGCUGAGAGAGUUCCAGCAGGCCUGGGCUGUGCCCGUGUUUUGUUUCCAGAGUGCAGGGGGUGGGACGGGCCGGGCUGGACUGGCCGAUAUCGCACCCCUCCUCAACGGACUGGCAGAGCAGCUGUGGACUCAGGACCUACAGGCAGCCAGGCUGCACACCUGCUAACAAGCUCGGACCUGAUACUAACACUGGGGUGGAUUACACUGUUCAUUCAAUGACAAAAAACUGCACUGCUAACAAGAUAAAAAAUAGACUGCACUCAUGGACCAGUCCAAAUAAAUUACUUAGAGUAACCUGCUGCCAACAAGCUCAGUUUAGACUUGCUGCUCAAUGUAUUCACAGAACAACUUAUAUGCAAGAGCUGGACAGAAGCAUCCGUUUACUGCAGUCAUCAGUAUGGUCAGCGCUAACAAAAUGCACUGCACUUGGACCCAAUUUAAACUGACCUAGUGAAUUAUAACCAUAUAGGAAUGGACAGCAACCUGAAACCUCUCUAAAAUCCCUCUUGAACCAACCAGUGGCACAGCAGACUGGGAAUAGUCACUGCACUGUAUUUGAUCAGACAAUGCCAGCUCACAGUAAACUGCUUUCAGGUUUUCCCUAAAUCAUUCUAGAACCGAAUCAAAAACUAAUAGAGACUUCAAAUAAUGUCAUGCAUGUCUGCUCAGCUGCAUCUAUCUCUUGUACUGGCUGCUAACAGCUGGCAGCAAAUCUGUUCAUCUGGAAAUCGGUUCUGACAACGGUGACACCACCUGUCACUUUAAUGAAAUUUGAGUAGUCCGUCCAGGUAUAUGUUUACAGUUUCCAUUCUGUUGUGAUUGAGUAGCUUACUGUCACGUCCAGUAAUCACAGUAGUUUGAUGCUGUCUAUAAUGUGGACAAAACUGUAUUUUGCUAUUGCUGCAAGCAUGGUGCAGAUCAGAAUGAAGAAAUAGAUGGAACACUGCAGUUAAUAGGAUACGGGGAAGCAUGUUUUCUUUAAUAUACUAGGGGCUUUUUACUAUGUUGUGUAUUACAAUUACAAACAUGAGUGUUGUGGGUUUGCACUAUUAAGCAGUACUGUAUCUGCAAAGGAAAAGUGAUACUGCGAGGGUGAAUUUUUUUUUUUCAAUACUACUCACUACUAGCCUAUACUAAAUACUUGUGUUAACAGAAAAGCAAUAAUGUAUGCAUUAUAACAAUAUUAAGGUGUUUACUUUCGUUUUGUGGUUAUAAUGUACCUUUGUUUCAAUUGGUGGUGCUGCUGUGCCAGAAUAUACAAAAAAAAAUGAAAUGUUUCAUUUUAAACUGUAUUAUACAAAAAAAACUAAAUAUUUUUCCUAAAGUACACCGUUUGUUAAUAUCGGGUUAAGUACAGAACAAUUUACAUUUAAUUCAGAAUUUUUAAUUCAGUUAUGCAUUAUCUGCUUUAUUAAAAAUAUAUCUACAGUUUCAAUUUUCUUUACCAUGUAUAACAAGUAAAUGACACUAAAAGUAUAUUGAAUGCCUUUGCUUUUGUAUUCUAUCAGCAGAAACCCGUGAGGGAAUGACAGCUUUAUUAAGUUGGCUGUACAUUUCUCUUUAUAAUUAAAAUAUUGUGUAAUUCC